CCCUUAAAAAUCAAACUAAAACAUUAUUUAUGAGAUAGAUGAUAAAUCAAUCUCAAUUAGACAGAAAAUUCUUUUGGGAAAUCUACGAAAAAAAGUAUAAAUUCUUAUUGAUAUUAAUUUAGAUUUUGUUAAGGUCGUAAAAUUAAAUCAUAUUAAAAUAAAUAAAUAACAAAAAGACUCUUUUGACCAUAGCGGCAGCAGCAUCAUCCCUCUCCUUCUUCCCUUCUUCCCUUCUUCCUCCCUUGUUUCCUCUCUCUUUCUCUUUGGGGGCUUAAUCAUUUACCCUUUUUUGCUAUUUAUUUCACAUCGUUUGUUUUCCUAUGGAAUUCUAGCUCUAAAACUCCUUCCUUUAACAUCCUCUUCUUCUUCUUCUUAGUUAUCACCAUGGGAACCUGUCUUUCCACCACGAAAGUCAGGGGCUCAAGCAGCAACGCCAACCACCACCGCAAAGAACAACAAUCCUCCGCCACAGCAACAAAGACCAAUGAGAAAAAAGAGUCUCAAAAACCAAAUAAUCAGCAGCAACAACAAGAACAGGUGAGGAAUUCUCAGCCUCUGAAGAUUAAAGGGAAACCGAGUUCGAGGAGCCAAAGUGGGAUCAUCCCAUGCGGCAAACGUACGGAUUUUGGGUACCAUAAGGAUUUUGAUAAGCGUUAUACAAUUGGGAAAUUGUUAGGACAUGGACAAUUUGGUUACACCUACGUUGCCACAGACAAGGCAAAUGGGGAUCGAGUUGCCGUUAAGAAAAUUGAUAAAAAUAAGAUGAUUCUUUCAAUUGCUGUUGAGGAUGUCAAGCGAGAGGUCAAGAUAUUGGAAGCCUUGAAAGGUCAUGAGAAUGUGGUUCAGUUUUAUAAUGCAUUUGAGGAUAAUUCGUAUGUAUACAUUGUAAUGGAGUUAUGCGAGGGUGGAGAAUUGCUAGACCGGAUUUUGGCCAAAAAGGACAGCCGCUAUAGUGAAAAGGAUGCAGCAGUAGUUGUACGGCAGAUGCUCAAAGUUGCUGCUGAGUGUCAUUUGCGGGGCUUGGUGCACCGUGACAUGAAACCUGAGAAUUUCCUUUUUAAGUCAACCAGAGAGGACUCACCUCUGAAAGCUACAGAUUUUGGUUUGUCAGACUUUAUCAAACCUGGGAAGAGGUUUCCAGAUAUUGUUGGGAGUGCCUACUAUGUUGCUCCUGAAGUAUUAAAAAGAAGGUCAGGGCCUGAAUCAGAUGUGUGGAGUAUUGGUGUAAUUACUUACAUUUUGCUCUGUGGGAAGCGACCCUUUUGGGAUAAGACUGAGGAUGGUAUAUUUAAGGAGGUUUUGAAAAACAAGCCUGAUUUUCGUCGUAAACCAUGGCCAACAAUUAGCAAUGGUGCUAAAGACUUUGUGAAGAAGUUAUUGGUGAAGGAUCCUUGUGCUAGACUGACAGCUGCUCAGGCCCUAUCACAUCCAUGGGUUAGAGAAGGAGGAAAUGCAUCUGAUAUACCUGUUGAUAUAUCUGUUUUGAACAACCUGCGGCAAUUUGUGAAGUAUAGUCGAUUGAAGCAGUUUGCUCUGAGGGCAUUGGCUAGCACACUUAAUGAAGAGGAGAUAGCUGAUCUCCGCGAUCAGUUUGAUGCAAUUGAUGUGGAUAAGAAUGGUUCUAUUAGUCUUGAAGAGAUGAGACAGGCCCUUGCUAAAGAUCUUCCUUGGAGGCUGAAGGAAUCACGUGUCCUUGAGAUUCUUCAAGCGAUUGAUAGCAACACAGAUGGGCUUGUUGAUUUCACUGAGUUUGUUGCGGCAGCUCUACAUGUGAAUCAAAUGGAAGAACAUGAUUCUGAUAAAUGGCAGCUUCGGUCACAGGCUGCUUUUGAGAAAUUUGAUGUAGAUAGAGAUGGGUUUAUAACUCCCGAGGAACUUAGAAUGCACACGGGCUUAAGAGGUUCCAUUGACCCUUUGCUUGAGGAGGCUGACAUCGAUAAAGAUGGAAAAAUAAGCCUUUCUGAAUUUCGCCGACUUUUACGAACUGCAAGCAUUGGUUCACGGAAUGCACCUAGUCCAUCUGGUCAGCGGAAUACUCAGAAGUUAUAGGUUAGAAUUGAAAAUUUGAGGGUUGAUGAGCGGAGAUAAAAAGAGAGCCAGGAAAUUGGAGCAUUUUUCUCAAUUUGGUGCUUGUUUGGUAUCUGUACUGGAUUCUGGAUUCCAAGCAUGUGUCCAUCUACCUGUCUCCAGCAUUCUAGGGACCCUUUUUGAUUGAGUUUUGUUUGAUGACAUCUGCUUUGGGGAAUUCACUGCUGAGAGGUCUUGGAUAUAAGAGUUUAUGUUGGCUGUGGUAGUGAGAUAGCUCCAGGUAUAUGAUCAAUCUGUGUACAUUUCUUUGGUUGGGUAUUUCUUGUUUUUACCCUCCAAAUUUGUAAUAUGUGACUAUAAAUAAUUUAUCAAUGAAAAUAUGGUGCAUCUGAAUUUAUUUACAUGUUUGUAGACUUUGAAUCUUGUUAAUCUUCUGUGCCGAACUACUACUUAUCGUCACUGUCAUCUGAAUCUGAGGAUCUUAAGUCCAACAGAAAUGUAAUAGAUCGAUAGUUUUAAUGGUGAAAUGGUUGUGUAAAAAACAUCUCGUCAUAAAUUUUUCUAGGUUUAUUUUGCAUCAAUGAAUCUAAAGUAGGUUGGUUGGCUCAAUUUUUUUUGUUAUCAAAACGGUGUUCAUGGCCGGAAGCAUAUGCUUGGUACAGCAAAAUUGGGCAUCCCUGCAGGAGUUGGCACACUC